ACAAUGAGAUUAAUCCAAAUAAUAUAUCCUGACUUUGUCCAUAUAUCUCUGAAAUCCAAUGAAAAGGUUGAAGAUAUCAAUGGCUGUCCCAGGAGCCAAUCUCAAAUGAUUGAGAAUGUUGAUGUCUGCCUUAGCUUUCUGGCAGCCAGAGGAGUAAAUGUUCAAGGUCUUUCUGCUGAAGAAAUAAGGAAUGGAAAUUUGAAAGCCAUUUUAGGACUGUUUUUCAGUUUGUCUCGGUACAAACAGCAGCAGCACCAUCAGCAACAAUACUACCAGUCUUUGGUAGAGUUACAACAGCACGUCUCUCAUUCUUCCCCUCCCGCUGAAAUCAGCCAGUCCAAAACACAGCAAGAUAUGCAGUCCAGUCUGAGAGCCAGAUAUGCAACUCAGUCUAAUCACAGUGGAAUUGCAACCAGUCAAAAAAAGACUUCUAGGCUUCCAGGGCCCUCAAGGGUGCCAGCUGCAGGCAGCAGUACCAAGGUCCAGGGAGCUUCUAAUUUAAAUCGGAGAAGUCAGAGCUUUAACAGCAUUGACAAAAACAAGCCUCCACAAUAUGCAAAUGGCAAUGAAAAAGAUUCACCAAAAGGCCCUCACUCAUCUGCAGGCAUGAAUGGAAAUGUGCAGCAUCCCACCAGCACUGGGCAGCAGCCGGUCUCUGCCAUACCCUCUCCAAGUGCCAGCAAGCCUUGGCGCAGCAAAUCCAUGAAUGUCAAACACAGUGCCACCUCUACCAUGCUGUCCGUGAAGCAGCCUAGUCCUGCCACCUCCCCUACUCCAUCUUCAGACAGGCUCAAACCACCCCUUUCUGAAGGAGCGAAACCCCCUUCAUCUGGACAGAAAUCCAUGCUGGAAAAGUUCAAGCUGGUUAAUGCUAGGACUGCUUUAAGACCCCCCUUGUCAUCAAGUUCAGGACCCAAUGACAGUGGAAGAGAGGAUGACACCUUUUCGGAGUGUGGUGAAAUGGACGGCUUUAGCAGUGGGCUAAAUAGUGGUGGCUCCACCAGUAGCAGUCCUAAAGUGUCGCCUAAGCUAACCCCGCCAAAAGCUGGAAGCAAAAAUCUCAGCAAUAAAAAGUCUUUGCUACAGCCAAAGGACAAAGAGGAAAAGAACAGGGACAAAAAUAAAGUUUGCACUGAGAAAACAGUAAAGGAAGAGAAGGACCAGGUCACCGAAACAUCUACAAAGAAGAGCUCAAAAAUUGCAAGCUUGAUCCCAAAGGGGAGCAAGACUACAGCAGCCAAGAAGGAAAGUUUAAUACCCUCCUCUAGUGGGAUUCCAAAACCUGGGUCAAAGGUACCAACAGCAAAGCAGAGUGCUUCACCCAUGUGUGCAGGAAGUAAAGAGUCUGAAAAAUUCAGGACUACAAAGGGCAACCAGUCUCAAUCGACAACGAAAUCACAAGCUAAUGAGAGAGCCUCCACUUCCUGUAGUCUUGCUUCUUCUGAAGGAAAAGAAUCUAGCCCAGCUCUGACCCCUGGUUCUUCUGCAGCUCUUUCUGUUUCAAUGGCUGCAAGCAGUGGACAAGUCACAGGAAAUGGCAUUGUCCAACUUCCUCAACAACAGCAAUAUAGUCACCCAAACACUGCCACAGUAGCUCCUUUCAUUUAUAGAACACACUCAGAAAAUGACAGUACCUCUUUACCACCUGCUGACUCCUGCACCAGUCCUACUAAAAUGGAUUUAUCAUACAGUAAGACUGCCAAACAGUGCCUAGAGGAGAUAUCUGGGGAAGACCCAGAAACAAGAAGAAUGAGAACAGUAAAGAAUAUAGCAGAUCUGCGACAGAAUUUGGAAGAAACCAUGUCCAGCCUUAGAGGGACCCAGAUAAGCCACAGCACAUUGGAGACAACGUUUGACAGCACUGUGACAACCGAAGUGAAUGGGAGAAGUAUACCAAGCUUGACAAGCCGAUCCACGCCAGUGACUUGGAGGCUUGGCCAGGCUAGUCCUCGCCUCCAGGCAGGAGAUGCCCCAUCCUUAGGUAGUGGUUACCCUCGCAGUAGUGCUGGUCGCUUCAUACAUACUGACCCCUCACGAUUCAUGUAUACCACACCUCUUCGCCGAGCAGCUGUUUCUCGACUCGGGAAUAUGUCACAGAUUGACAUGAAUGAAAAAGGAAGCAGUGAUCUGGACAUGUCCUCGGAAGUUGAUGUUGGAGGUUACAUGAGUGAUGGGGACAUUCUUGGGAAAAGCCUCAGAACAGAUGACAUCAAUAGUGGGUACAUGACAGAUGGAGGACUCAACCUGUAUACAAGAAGUCUGAACCGAAUACCAGACCUAGCUGCCUCCCGAGACGUAAUCCAGAGAGGGGUGCAUGAUGUGACUGUAGAUGCUGACAGGUGGGGAACAGCAAAAGUUCAAAUUCAACAGAGAACAAGCCCCUUUUGGAAUCAACAAAAAGAGACAAGCUGGGAUGACAGCAGCUCAGUUAGUAGUGGCCUCAGUGACACUCUUGAUAACCUCAGCACGGAUGACCUGAACACCACCUCAUCUGUCAGCUCUUAUUCCAAUAUUACUGCUUCUUCAAGAAAAAAUGCUCACACUCAGCUGAAGACUGAUUCAGAGAAACGGUCCGUAACAGACAGUGAAAACUGGGGCAGCACUGAAGAACUGAAGAAGCCAGAGGAGGACUUUGACAGCAACGUAGACGGCAGUGGGAAAUGGAAGGGCCUUCCCUCGGGGCUGUCUGAAGACUCAGAGAAGGGAGGUCAGAAAGCAUCUCUGUCUGUUUCACAGACUGGAUCCUGGAGGAGAGGCAUGACUGCACAAGUCGGAACGACCUCAUCCAGACACAAAGCUGGGACAAGUGCUCUCAAGACACCUGGAAAAACAGAUGAUGCGAAGGCUUCUGAAAAAGUGAAAACUCCCCUCAAAGGCACCUCUAUACAGCGCUCUCCAUCAGACGCAGGAAAAAGCAGUGGCGAUGAAGGAAAAAAGCCUCCCUCUGGCAUUGGACGAUCAACUGCUACUGGCUCCUUUGGAUUCAAGAAGGCUGGGGUGGGAUCUUCUACUAUAAUCACCACAAGUGGGGCAACCAUAACAAGUGGGUCGGCGACACUGGGGAAGAUGCCCAAAUCCGCAGCCAUUGGUGGCAAGUCAAAUGCAGGGAGGAAAACUAGCUUAGAUGGGUCACAGAAUCAGGACGACGGUGUAUUACAUGUUAACUCGAAGACCACGCUGCAGUACCGGAGUUUGCCGCGCCCUUCAAAAUCGAGCACCAGCGGUAUUCCCGGAAGAGGUGGACACAGGUCCAGCACCAGCAGCAUCGACUCUAAUGUCAGCAGCAAGUCUGCAGGUGCUGCCACCACCAAACUCAGAGAGCCCACGAAGAUUGGCUCAGGGCGCUCCAGUCCCGUCACCAUCAAUCAGACAGACAAGGAAAAAGAGAAAGUAGCAGUGUCUGAUUCCGAGAGUGUUUCAUUGUCCAGUUCCCCCAAAUCCAGCCCAACCUCCGCCAGUGCCUGUGGGACACCAGGACUCAGGCAGCCAGGAUCCAAAUACCCAGACAUUGCCUCGCCCACAUUCCGAAGGUUGUUUGGUGCCAAGGCUGGUGGCAAAGCUGCCUCCGCACCCAAUACUGAAAGUGUGAAACCCACAUCAGCAAUGCCCAGCCCUAGUACCACAUUAGCACGGCAAGGCAGCCUAGAAUCUCCAUCUUCGGGUACAGGCAGCAUGGGCAGUGCAGGUGGGCAAAGUGGUAGCAGCAGCCCCCUCUUCAGUAAACCCUCGGAAUUAAACACAGAUGUUGUAAGCUUAAGUCACUCCUUGGCUUCCAGUCCAGCAUCUGUUCACUCUUUCACGUCAGGUGGUCUCGUGUGGGCUGCAAACCUGAGCAGCUCCUCAGCUGGCAGUAAGGACACACCAAGUUACCAGUCAAUGACUAGCCUGCACACGAGCUCUGAAUCUAUUGACCUCCCUCUCAGCCAUCAUAGCUCUCUCUCUGGAUUGACAACAGGCACUCAAGAGGUUCAGAGCCUGCUCAUGAGGACUGGAAGUGUCAGAUCUACACUGUCGGAAAGCAUGCAGCUUGACAGAAAUACACUACCCAAAAAGGGACUAAGAUAUACCCCGUCAUCUCGGCAGACGAGCCAGGAGGAGGGCAAAGAGUGGCUGCGCUCCCAUUCCACUGGAGGUCUACAGGACACCGGCAGUCAGUCCCCUAUUGUUUCGCCUUCAGCUAUGUCUUCCUCUGCAACUGGGAAAUAUCACUUUUCCAACUUGGUGAGUCCAACCAACCUGUCCCAGUUUAACCUUCCUGGACCCAGUAUGAUGCGUUCAAACAGCAUCCCUGCACAAGACUCUUCUUUUGACCUGUAUGAUGACUCCCAGCUGUGUGGCAGUGCCACAUCCUUAGAAGAAAGACCACGAGCAAUCAGUCAUUCAGGCUCAUUCAGAGACAGUAUGGAAGAAGUACAUGGGUCCUCAUUAUCACUGGUCUCCAGCACCUCCUCUCUCUAUUCUACAGCAGAAGAAAAGGCACAUUCGGAGCAAAUUCAUAAACUCCGAAGAGAACUGGUUGCAUCACAGGAAAAAGUUGCCACCCUCACAUCUCAGCUUUCAGCAAAUGCUCAUCUAGUAGCAGCUUUUGAAAAGAGCUUAGGAAAUAUGACUGGCCGACUGCAGAGCCUAACAAUGACAGCUGAACAAAAGGAAUCUGAGCUUAUAGAACUAAGAGAAACCAUUGAAAUGCUGAAAGCCCAGAAUUCUGCUGCACAGGCUGCUAUUCAGGGAGCUUUGAAUGGCCCUGAUCAUGCCCACAAAGAUUUGCGUAUAAGACGACAACAUUCCUCAGAAAGUGUUUCCAGCAUCAACAGUGCCACAAGCCAUUCAAGCAUUGGCAGCGGUAAUGAUGCUGACUCCAAGAAAAAGAAAAAGAAAAACUGGCUAAGAAGCUCAUUCAAACAGGCCUUUGGAAAGAAAAAGUCCACCAAGCCUCCUUCCUCACAUUCCGACAUAGAGGAACUCACCGAUUCAUCUCUUCCAUCAUCACCCAAAUUGCCCCACAACUCGGGGGACUGUGGCACAUUGUUAAUGAAACCAUCACAGUCAGCGUCUGCGAUAUGUGAGUGCACAGAGGCAGAAGCUGAAAUUAUUCUACAGCUAAAGAGUGAGCUGAGGGAAAAAGAGCUAAAGUUAACAGACAUUCGUCUCGAGGCCCUCAGCUCAGCACACCAUCUUGAUCAGAUUCGUGAAGCCAUGAACCGCAUGCAGAAUGAAAUUGAGAUUCUGAAAGCUGAAAAUGAUCGCUUAAAGGCAGAGACCGGAAAUACUGGAAAGCCGGCUCGACCAUCUUCUGAGUCUUCAAGCAGCACAUCCUCCUCUUCAUCACGGCAAUCAUUAGGACUUUCUCUGAACAACUUGAAUAUCACAGACUCUGUUACGUCAGAUAUUUUACUGGAUGAUGUCACAGAUGGAGCCCUCCCCAAAGAAGGCCACAGUGUUAAAAUUAUAGUCACCAUACGUAAGGGCUAUGGUCGAUCCAAGGAUCAAAAGACGCAGGCAUAUUUGAUAGGAUCCAUUGGGGUUAGUGGGAAAACCAAAUGGGACGUUUUAGAUGGAGUAAUUAGACGUCUCUUUAAGGAAUAUAUCUUCCGAGUGGAUCCAGUUACUAGCCUGGGUUUAAGCUCCGAUUGUAUUGCUAGCUACUGUAUAGGGGAUUUAAUCAGAGCCCAUAGCCUGGAAGUGCCUGAACUGCUGCCUUGUGGAUAUCUGGUUGGAGAUAAUAACAUCAUCACCGUGAACCUGAAAGGAGUGGAAGAAAACAGUUUGGACAGUUUUGUGUUUGAUACACUAAUUCCUAAGCCAAUUACCCAACGGUACUUUAAUUUACUGAUGGAGCAUCACAGAAUCAUCCUGUCAGGACCCAGUGGCACUGGAAAGACCUAUUUAGCCAACAGAUUGGCUGAAUACAUAAUAACUAAAGUGGGCAGGAAAAAAACUGAGGAUGCAAUUGCUACUUUUAAUGUAGAUCACAAAUCAAGCAAGGAUCUGCGUCAAUACCUAGCUAACCUGGCUGAGCAGUGCAGUGCUGACAACAGUGGUGCUGAUCUCCCUGUAGUAAUAAUUCUUGAUAACCUCCACCAUAUUGGUUCUUUGAGUGAUAUCUUCAAUGGUUUCCUCAAUUGUAAAUAUAAUACAUGUCCCUAUAUUAUUGGAACAAUGAACCAAGGGGUUACUUCAUCACCAAAUCUAGAGCUGCAUCACAAUUUCAGGUGGGUGCUAUGUGCUAAUCACACAGAACCAGUAAAAGGUUUCCUGGGCAGGUAUCUCAGAAGGAAACUGAUUGAGACAGAAAUAGAAAGGAACAUGCGCAAUAAUGACCUCAUCAAGAUUAUUGACUGGAUCCCUAAGACAUGGCAUCAUCUCAACAGCUUUUUAGAAACGCACAGCUCCUCAGAUGUGACCAUUGGUCCUCGCCUUUUUCUCCCCUGCCCCAUGGAUGUUGAUGGCUCCAGAGUGUGGUUCACAGACCUUUGGAACUAUUCUUUGGUGCCAUAUCUUCUGGAGGCCGUGAGAGAGGGGCUUCAGAUGUAUGGUAAAAGAGCGCCAUGGGAGGAUCCCUCAAAGUGGGUAGCAGAUACUUACCCGUGGAGCUCUGCACCUGUGCAGCAUGAAUGGCCAGCAUUACUUCAGUUACGACCAGAAGACGUUGGGUUUGAGGGUUACGCAUCUGCACAGGAAGGAACAACCUCCAAGCACAUUCCACAAAGUGACACCGAAGGGGAUCCCUUGAUGAAUAUGCUAAUGAGGCUCCAAGAAGCAGCCAAUUACUCGAGUGCGCAAAGCUGUGACAGUGAUAGCACCAGCCACCAUGAUGAUAUUUUGGAUUCUUCUCUUGAGUCAACUCUCUAGAGGGGACGAACCUGGGUAGAGGAUUAUAGUAAAAUCUAUUGCCACUAACUACUGCCAGGAUUAAAGCAGCACACCGAGGUCCCUGAACAAGAGCAGUGUGUUGUAGGUAGGCAGGAGGCUUAACUCUGCAAAGUCAGGAAUUAAAAGCGAAGUGGAAAGCUUGAAUUUGUUUAAUUUCAAGGCAUUUCAAUAUCAGUGGAGCCAAGUAAGACUCCAUUAAUCAACUGGAAAGGGCCCUAAAGGGAGGGCAACUAAGCAGAUUGCACAUGUGUUAGCCAAACUGGAACCUUUUUUUGUUUUUCCUCUCUCUCUCUCUCUUUCUCACUCUCUCUCUCUCUCUUGCUUUUUAAAAGCUUACAGUACAAACGUUUUGUUUUUUCCUUUCCUUGUCUCUGAGGUGCUGCAUUAGCAGUGCAGUCCUCUGAUCCUCUUCUAACCUCUGUUGUGCCACAUGGUGCUGGUCACAGGACUACAGUAGUGUUUGUCGUGCACUACUGCCCAUUCCAAAAUGAAUCAAAGAUGAUGAUAGGAACUCAAUAAGCACAAACAGUAUUGUGCUAUCACCAGAAAACACUACUGGGAUAUGCUGGAUAAGUGCCAAUUUAAUUCUUAAUUGCCAUGGUCACAGUGACACUCUCCAUGAAGUUUUUAGUGUACAAGUCACCGAUUUUAUAAAGUUGUUUUUACCACAAAGGUCUUUUUUAACCACCUACCCACUCCUUUACAGUUUUAUACCAAUUAUUAAUCAACACUGACUAAAGGCUUUUUAGGGCUUCAUUUGUUUGAGCCUUUUCAGUGGAAGAAGGAACAUUUCCUAUGGUGCUGUUUCACUGCCUUAAAACAGAUUUCUAGAACAGUUUUACAGUUCGUUUAAUUCCUAAACCAUUGGUAAUUUACACUGUUUUGUUUUCAUUUACUACCGAAAUAACGUCAGUUAACACAGUAGCCUCAUAUCUGUAUAUCAUGAUUUUUUAAGAAAUGGAUAGGAGAAAGAACAGUUGCUAUAUAGUAUUUUUAUCUUGUGAAUAGAUUGCUCUGCCUACCCUCAUAAAUAUACAAGAAACCCAGAACCCACUUCCACUAUCACCUAAAAGCUGAGAAAGCUGACCCAGAUCCAUUCAGUCCUGUGGAAUGGAGUUUUUGAAGGAUGUUUCGAAUUCUUAUCCAGCAGAGCUGGAUGCACUUGAUGCAGCAUGAGCACAAAUAUUUGUUUAUUUUUUUUCUUUUUCUAGUUUUAAGCAUGUUGUUUUGAUUGAUAUUGUUGUACAUGAAAAAAAAUAGCAUUAAAGAACACUGAAGCAGUGAUGUCCACUGUGGAAGAGGAAGAGUUUAUACUGUAAAAGUGGGUUGGUUUUGCACAGUCUACUGGGUGGGUAUUGUAAAUAUAAAAAGCCUUGCACAAAUCAGAACAAACAAACAAGAAAUUGUAUUUUAUCCUGUUGGUGUUGAGAUGUUACACUUACUGAGAUUUCCUCAAUGUUGCAAACAAAUACAGAAUGCAAACCUUAAAAGCUGUUUUUAACCUCGUGUGUUUGUCCUGUAUUUACAGUUGUUAUGACUAUGCAGGAGCUAUCAGUUCUAGAGUGAGCAUGUUUCAAUUUGUAUAUUGAGCCAAUACAUUUUUGGGGGCAAAAAAUGAAAUUUUAAGUGCAUCUGUCAUGGCAGGCUACAAACAGAUUGCAUUAAAAAAGUGAUCAGAAUAAUUGGAAAUGCUAUCGCCACAAGAGACAACUGGAUAAAAUAAUUAAAAAAAAAGAAUCCAAGGGCUAUGGCAUUGUGUAUAUGUACUGUACACGGAAAUGGAUGUUACCUUCAGGAUGUGUAAUUGGUGCUACUAACUCUUUGUGGCCACCCUGUGGUCAUUUGCUGUAAAACAAAGACAAAGAAAUCAAUGCAGUUUUCAAUGGCACUGAGCUGCCUCAGUGAAUCUAGCGGUCCCUACACGGUGCUAUUGCCCUAAGACAAACUCUAAUUGAUUUUCUGCAUGUAGAAUGUAGUCAGACUGAUGUGGAGCCCCAAAACUUAGAUCAGUUUCUAUUGUAAAACAUCAACACACGUAUCUGACAGCUGACUAAAAACCCAGCUGCUCUUUGUUAUAUGUGUGUUCUGAACAAAUUUGCAAACCUUUUCCUGCCAUUUUAGACACAAACACACACAAUAUCACCAUAUACAAAACUUCCUGCAAUACAUCUCAGUGAGUCCACCUAGUUUACAACUUAAAAAUUGUUUGUGAAACAUUUGUCUGUAUACAUUUUAUAUUUUGUACAUUUUCGAUGUAACAUAUCAUGUAAAUAGACAGAAACAGUGAAAUAAAUCAUCUGAAAAGUUUUGUAGUCUUUGUAAAGCCCUAAUAAUAAGUAUUUGGUGUCAUCGGACUUAACUGGAUGAUGUAUUUUUAUUGGUUUAUUGUUCCUCUAGCUUGUAAACCAGCUUGCAUAUAUUUUUUUGCAGGUGUGCACACUGUAUCUGUCUAAAUUAUUACUUUGACAUUAAA